UCCACUGCAGUUGAAUUGAAGUUCUUUAACCAUGAACAGAAGAAGUAAAAGGACUCUGUCUUAUUAUAGUUCUGACGAAAGUACAGAAGAUUUGGAAUUUUCUCAAAAAUGUGUUGUAACUGCUUGCGAGUGUAACGAGUUUGAAGCAAAGGCAGAUAAUUUUAUUGCUGAUCUGGAAAAUCAGUUACGAAAAUCGGAAAUGGACUUGAUGCUUGCCAAUGUGAAGAUAGCCGUAUAUGAUGAUAAAAUUAAAGACAAAAAUGACAUAAUUGAUGCACUGAAAACGACCAACAACCUGUUAAAGUCAGAAAACAGGGAAAUGUUCGAUGCUCAGGCUGUUGCAAUCAAAAAGCUGCAAGAUGAGUUAAACCAAAAAUGUAAUGAAAAGGUAAUAAACCAGAAAUCUGUAGAGGAACGAGCCGAUGAGCUUUCCAAAAGCGCAUUAUUAGAAAGACUGCAAAGAAAUAACGAUAGCCUGGAAGAAAAAGUUAAAUCUUAUCAAGAAAAAGAGGAGGAUAAUAAAAAACUUAUUGCGACGCUCCAAGCUCAGAUAAGACAAAAAGACGAUCAGAUAAUUCUCUUAGAAAUGGGGCAGAACUUGGACACUAUCAAAAUAAAGGAAAAAGACGAUUUGAUAAAAGACCAAGAAGCUAUUAUGAAGAGACUGGAAGUUGCAAUAAAUUCGAAGAAAAAAUAAACCUUGAUAAA